AUGUUGUCUCAUCUUAACUGCACACGAUGUGAACUAUGCGAAUCUGCUGACGCGAUUCUUGGGAAUGAUCGUGUUGUGAGAGGAUUGUUGUUAAUACAGCUAUUCUUCGUCCCAUUGGCCAUUCUCAUAACAGCCUUAAAAAUCCUAUCUAUUGUACUGGCUAAAGGGCUCCAUAUUCAUCAGAGAUUAUUAUUAAUUGCAUUUGCAUCAGCUGUCCUCGUCGCUAAUAUUGGCGCCUUCCUCAGUUGCAUCUACCAACUUUACACUGGCCAUUUUAUCGAGGAAGACGAUCGCUGUGAUUGGCAAAUUUUUCGCGCGGAAAGUAGUCUAGGUCUCAAAUACGUGUAUAUAAUUGGGCUCCUCGGUAUGGCACUCGGGCCGAUCAUUUUGGUCACCGAGCGUAUCGUCGCCUGUGUUAGACUCGAAAAUUAUCGUAGAAACUAUGCUCUGCUGGCCGGAGUUCUGGCGAUCUAUAUUCUCCUUUCCACCGGUUGGCUAUUCCUUGAUCUCACUUCCUCGGAGCAGAUUUUCCCUUAUGCUGCCGUUGAACUUUAUGCUGGACAGUUAUGCCUAGACGCAGUAGAAUUCCUUUUUGGUACAAAUGCUCUCGCUACAUUUCUGGUGCUAUUUCUAUGGGUUUUUAAUAAUAGUCGAAUGCUAAACACGCCUACACGAGCAUUAGCAGAGGCGAAGAAUGCUUCGAAGGCCUUGCUCCCGACGGCACUUAUUGUUUUGUUAAUAACAUUUUCAUCAUUGCUAGUGCUGAAGAAUUGCCUACCACUUUAUGACGAUGAAACGUAUAUUGAUAGGAAGGUUUUGCAUGACGUGGAAGCUUAUGCAGCAUGGGCUGAGUUUCAGGUCACAAUCCUCCCAAUAGGCACAUGCCUCCUCUGGGCAUUGUUUUUAUAUAUUUUUGAACCGGUGUCCCAAUCGUUCUGUCGUAUUACUGGAUUUUCGAUGUGCUUGGGCGCCGACCAUUCCCGCCUAAACACCAGUAACUUCACCGCCGACCCUUCAAAUCUGUCAUUCAGCUUCGAUGCCUCAUCGAAUUCCUCGAAAAUGCAUAUCGAAUCACUGAGCACCUCUCGCUCCAAUUCGUCA